UGCAACUGCCGCCGUCGCGCACCACAACAAAGAGAUGCAGCAGAGUGCGCGGUGCGCAGGAGCGAGGCUGUGGCACACGCUGCACUGCAGUCGAGGACAGCUGGCCGCUGCGACCACAGCAUGCUGUCAUCACAACAGCCACACCGCGACACUCAGAUGGUCCUCUUCAUGGGCGUCAACACAAUAUUCAGACCUCAAACGCAAAGUCCCGGAUCACAUCCUGCUCAUGGAGGUGGGCAACUUCUACGAGCUGUAUUUGGAAGACGCCAUCCUGGUGAACUCCAAGCUGCCACUUGCCCUCUCAAAGAAGGGCAUGGCUGGGUUUCCCAUACACCGAAAGGACGCGUGGAUCCCACAGCUUCAAGCCCUCUUCUCUGCCGUCGCCGUGGCAGAUCAGUGCGAUCCUGGAGUGUCGGCGACGCUCAAACGUCAGAUUGCGCGCAUCUACACGCCCGGGACGCUGCUGCCCGAAAUUGACGUUGAGGAUGACUCGCCCCGUCACCUCACAGCCAUUGUCGCAGACAACCUGUUUGCUCCCGCCAAGUUUGGGCUGUGCGUGUUCAACAACAUCACGGGCCAGCUGCACUUUGAUGAGAUGGCACCGGCAGACCUCCUCACCACGUUGCCCGGUCUCGACACUGUUGAGCUGCUCCUCAUCAACCCAGACCUCCGGGAUGAUGUGUGCCGCAUUCUGUCGAAGCGCGGUAUUGCGCAAUCACCGUCCGUCCCACUCACCAACAGUCUGCAUCGCCUCAGAUGUUUUAACGACACGUUCGUGAUGGGUGUGCCUGAGAACUGGCUCGCACGGAAUACGGGCGACCUUCCUCUUCCCCUCUCGGACCUCCAGCGCGCUGCGGGGAACGUGGUGACAAACUACCUGCGUCGGUGCUAUCCAAAGGGCCUGCCAACGCUGCUGUUGCCACACCAGAGCGGCACCAACUCCCAGUCCACAGACGCGAACGUGAGCGCAGCGUCGCCACAGCCGUCAUCACCAUCGUCGUCGUUUGACGUGCAUGUGGAGGACGAUGUGUCCGCUCUUCCGCCCAUCGACAAGGAGCAGCUUGUCAUUGAUGCUGACACGAGAGAAAGCCUCAACCUCACCGUUCCCCGCGGAAAGGGCUCGCUGCUGCAUGUUGUUGACAACACCGUGUCGGCGUUUGGACGGCGUGAACUGCGAUCGCGACUGGCGAAUCCAAUCACGGACCGGCACGAGAUUGAGCGACGACUGGACUUGGUCGAGUACUUCUACGACAACCACGAGCAUGGUGCAGCCUUGCAGCGGCUGUUGAGUGCAUGUGCUGAUCCCCUCCGCUGCCUCUCCAGUCUCUCUGCCCGGGCAACGCUUUCAAACACAACCGUCAACCUGGCCAAGCUCGCAGAGUUCUGCACACGCGUCGAGAUGAUUGUGUCGUCCCCAAACCUCGCGCCUGACGUGAGCAGCGUUGGUGGAGAGCAGCUGGCGGCGGCUCUUGAGGACCUGCAUCACUUCACCAAGGCCGUUCCCCGGGAGUUGUUUGAGAGCGCGAACAGCAGCAGCGCUGAGAGCGACGAUGACGACGAUGCGGAAACAAGCGUCUUCCCUGCACCAGGGUUUGACGCGACUGUGGAUGAGCAGCGGGAGAUUGUGUCGGCGAUCCUGCGCGAGGCUCAGAAGCACGCAGCCGACAUCUCUCUUGAUGCGCGGCUGACGGAGCCCAUGGAAGGCGUGCUGGCCAUGCAAAUCAAACCGAAGUUGGCAGCAGAGCUGAAGAAGUCGGUGCGCGGGUUUUCGCUGCUCAAGCGUGGGCUGUACGACACGCCGCGUCUGCAGUCGCUCAGUUUGAAGCUCGGGCACGCGCGGCGCGAACUCACGGACGCCCAGAUGGAGUGUGCACGGCGCGUGUGCGGAGUGCUGAUCGCCAACUCCCACCUGUUUGAGAAGGCCAGCCGCGUGCUUGCGCACCUGGACGUGUGCGCGGGGCUCGCUCGCACGGCGACGCUUCGCGAAUACGUCCGCCCAACCAUCACCGAUGGCGUCGACUUCAACGUCGUGCAGGGCAGACACGCCAUUCUCGACGCGCUCACAGCAGGGGACGCAUUGCAUCAUUUCCGCCCAAACGAUUGCGUCAUGGACGAGCACAAGAGCGUGAUUAUCACUGGCCCAAACAUGGGCGGAAAGUCGACAUUUCUUCGCCAGAACGCCCUCCUUGUCGUCCUGGCUCAGAUGGGAUCGUUUGUCCCAGCCGAGGAGUGCACGAUUGGAAUUGUCGACAAACUCUUCUCUCGCGUUGGCGCGCAGGACAACCAAGUAGAAGGGAAAAGCACGUUCCUCGUUGAGAUGGAGGAAACAUCAAACAUUGUCAACAACGCGACUGCGCGAUCGUUUGUAGUGAUGGACGAAGUUGGACGCGGCACAAAUUCGGGCGAAGGCCUCGCGCUGGCUGUCGCUAUCUCGCACGAGCUCGCCAAGAGCGGGUGCCGAUCGCUGAGUGUCACGCACCAUUUGCAACUGCCCGCCCUCUGCCAAGACCUCGACAACGUCGGUGUCUACAAGUUUGUGGCUGAGAAGGACGACGACGGACGCAUUCUGUUCCACCACAGCAUCAAACCGGGAAUCGCAGACGAUGCGCACGCGAUUGAGGUGGCUGCUUUUGCCGGUCACCCGCCGGCAGUCACAGACAUGGCUGCCAUUGUACUGCGCAGUUUGCAGCAGCAGAACUUUGGUCACGUUGAUGCCGCCCCCAUCAAGGCCGCAAUGAGCAAUGCAAGGCGAUGACCGGGCACGUAUGCCGUGUGUGACUAUGAUGUGAUCUACUGUGAAAUGACUUGUGCUGUCCUGUGUCGUGUGUGUGUGUGCGCGCGCGCGUUGUGUGUGUGUAUGUGUGUGUG